AUGAAAGAUUUUCCAUAUUCAAUACCAGAUUCACCCCAAUCGAAACAUUAUGUUCAAUUACUUGUAUCCUUCUCGCCCAGUGAUUGUAUGUACGAGACAUAUGAGAAGUAUGGUGGUAAUUUUUUUAAUUCAUUUCCUUUACAUUGGUAUCAUAAUAGUACUUCGUUUAAAAUCGAGAAUUACGUAAAAUUUGACUAUGAAAUGGUACAUUCAACUAACAAUACAAGAACGGAAGAUUAUUGGUAUUCCAAUGUGAAAUGUCGAGUCUGUGGCACUAAACUGUAUCCGUGUGAUGAAAUUUAUUUUAAGAGAAGUACUGACAUAUCUAUUAGAAGAAUUCAAUCUGAAGAUGGUAGUUGUGUACAGCAAAUAACAACAUACAAAGCUAUAUCGAUGGGCAAACCAGAUGAAAGUCUAUUCGAUACGAUUCCAAAAAGUUGGGCAUAUACUUGUAGAGAUGUUACAUUAGGAGUCCAAUACGAACCACAGGUGUUGACGAUUGAACUGCAUAGAAGCUCUACAGUACAAGUUUGGCUCAAUACUCCACCUCAUCGAAUUCAUGGGAAUGAUACAGUCAUCAUUGAAUGGCAAACAUCAAAUCUUUCUACUUGCAUCGAUUGUGCAACAUUGCAACCAGAACGAUUUAUUUUUAAUUCGACUAACUUUGAGAAAAGACAAGAACUUGUGAUCAAUCGUGUCAAAGCUGGAGAAGUGAUUUUUGUUCCGAUAUUCCACGGUGGAGGAUAUGAUAUGGUUCUGCCUUCAGGUUAUCCAAUCUAUAUUGAAUAA